AUGUCUAGAGCACCUAUUAUGAUUGCUGAUUUGAAGCUAGGAAACAAUGUAUGGAAGCUCGCCAUCCAUAUUGUUGAUCUAUGGACUGUAACCGAGCGUAAUGGACAACAACAUUUUGAAUGUGUUAUCCAAGAUAGCAAGUGUGAUAAAAUACACGUCGUUACCCGCAACAGAGAUUUUGAUUUGUGGAAACAGAGGUUACAAGAACAUAUGACUUAUAUGGUUUAUAAUGGUGAUCCAUUAAAUAACAAUAUUCCUUUGAAAAUCUGUGAAAAUCCAUUGAAGCUUUUUUUCAAUAGUGGGACCACUAUAACCAUGGUAGAUUUACCAGAAAUACCACCCCAUCAAUUUCAUUUCAAACCCGUCGUCGAUUUUUUACACGAAGAUUUCCAAGUCAACCGCUUAUAUGAUAUUUAA